AUGCAGGCUGAGCAAGCCACAGGGAACAAGCCAGUAAGCAGCACUACCCCAAGGCCUCUGCUUCAGCUCCCGCUCCAGAUUCCUGCCUUAGCUUCUCUCAACAGACUGUGUCCUGGGAUGUGAUAAACUUUCACCGGCCAAGAGAUAACACAACUUCAAGGUGACAACCAGGGACGUCUUUAAAAGUCCUCCUUCCUUGCUGGAGCCGCUGCAGCUUCUCCACUCCAGGCUGGCCAUCAGCCGAUAUCCGGCUACCAUGUGGGAACUUGUGGCUCUCUUGUUGCUCAUCCUAGCCUAUUUCUUUUGGCACAAGUCAAAGACACUUUGUGCCAAGUACCCCAAGAGCCUCCCAUUCCUGCCCAUUGUGGGCAGCCUGCCGUUUCUCCCCAGACGUGGGCAUAUGCAUGUCAAUUUCUUCAAGCUGCAGGAAAGAUAUGGCCCCAUCUAUUCUCUUUAUCUGGGUACCACACCUACAGUGAUCAUCGGCCAAUAUCAGCUGGCCAAGGAAGUGCUCGUUAAGAAAGGAAAAGAAUUCUCCGGUCGGCCACAAAUGGUGACUCUAAGCCUCUUGUCGGACCAAGGAAAAGGCAUCGCCUUUGCCGACUCCAAUGGCGCCUGGCAGCUGCACCGAAAGUUGGCACUCAGCACCUUUGGCCUGUUCAGGGAUGGUGACCAGAAACUGGAGAAGAUCAUCUGCCAGGAAGCCAGCUCACUGUGUGACUUGCUGCUCACCCACAACCAGGAGUCCAUCGAUCUGUCCCAGCCAUUGUUCAUGGCAGUAACCAACAUCAUCUGUGCCAUCUGCUUCAGCAUCUCCUACGAGAACAACGACCCGAUCCUGACCACCAUUAAGACCUUUACAGAAGGCAUCCUGGAUGGCCUGGGCCACAAUAACCUGGUGGACGUAUUUCCCUGGUUGACGAUUUUUCCCAAUAAAACCUUGGACACGAUAAAGAGCUAUGUUAAAGUUCGAGAUGAAGUACUGUCUAGAAUAUUGGAAAAUUGCAAGGAGAAAUUCAGCAGCGACGCCAUCUCCAGCCUGACGGACAUUCUGAUCCAAGCCAAGAUGAACGCAGACAACAACAACAGCAGUGAAGCCCAGGCUUCGACUGCAUUUUCAGACAGGCACAUCCUCUCCACGGUGGCAGACAUUUUCGGGGCUGGGAUAGAGACCACCGUCUCGGUGUUGCGCUGGAUUGUGGCUUUCCUGCUCCACAAUCCCGAGGUGAUGAAGAAGAUCCAAAAAGAGAUUGACCAGCAUAUCGGUUUCAACUGCACACCAACUUUCAAUGACCGAAAUCGCCUCCUCAUGUUGGAGGCCACUAUCCGAGAAGUGCUUCGCAUCAGACCUGUGGCCCCCGUACUCAUCCCCCACAAGGCUAACAUUGACUCAAGCAUUGGCGAGUUUACCAUCCCCAAGGACACACACGUGAUCAUCAAUCUGUGGGCGCUGCACCACAGUGAGGAGGAGUGGGAGCAGCCAGAUGAGUUCCUGCCCGAACGCUUCUUAGACCCGACUGGAAGCCAUCUUGUCACACCCUCAUUAAGUUACCUGCCCUUCGGAGCCGGGCCCCGCUCCUGUGUCGGAGAGGUUCUGGCCCGCCAAGAGCUCUUCCUCUUCAUGGCCUGCCUGCUGCAGAGGUUUGAUCUCGAUGUGCCCGACGAUGGGCAGUUGCCCAGCCUGGAGGGUGACCCCAAGUUGGUCUUUCUGAUCCACCCCUUCAGAGUGAAGCUCACAGUCCGCCAAGCAUGGAAGGAUGCCCAGGCAGAGGUUAGCACCUGGAGGUCGUAACUAAAGUCUCCUGGUCCCAUGCUGUGCAGCCCACAGCACAGAAUUAGAGGUGCCGCUCCCACCAUCUCCUACAUCCUUCCUGACUCCUGCCCCAUUACCUGGCUUGCAGAGUGGAGGAUGACGUGCCUAAAUUAAAGAUUUUCCAGUGAAAGUC